UGAUUUUCAUUUCACAGUAUUUCCCCUUGACUUGAUGAAUCUGAUAUUUUCUUCCAAAUAAUUUGGAACAUUUUGGAUUGAAUAAUUAGGUUUAGAAAUAACUAAAAGAAUGGAAAAACCAUAUAGACUAAGUUGCUGCCUUUACGGCCAUACUUUAGAUGUAAGAUCAUUAGCAGUUUCAUCAGGAAACGCAAUUUUAAGCGGUUCAAGAGACAAAUCCGCUAAAUUUUGGAAACCCAACGGGUUUAACGCGUCAUAUAAUGAGUUCAUAUCUUAUAAGGAUCAAAAGAAUUUUGUUGCCAGUGUUUUGUAUCUAGAACCAUCUAAUGAAUUUCCUGAAGGUUUAGUCAUUACUGGUGGCAAUGAUAGUGUAAUCUUAAUAUACAAACCUUCAGAGCCUUUUGCAACCUGCUCUAUUAAAGAACAUAGCAAUACAGUUAGUUGCUUAUCAAAGGGAGUGGCACCAAAUUCUUUUAUAAGUGGUUCUUGGGACACUACAGCCAAAUAUUGGGUUCUCAGUAAAGACUCCCAAAACCAAGCCUCUCAUUCAACUAUGAAAGGACAUACAGCAGCAGUAUGGUCAGUUAUUCAAUUACAAGAUUUAAAAAUUGUAACUGCCUCCGCAGAUAAGACUAUCUGUUUUUGGAAUACUGAGGGAAAUUUGAUCAAAACAUUGAGUGGUCAUUUGGAUUGUGUUCGUGGCCUUUGUGAUUUACCAGAAAUAAAUGUCUUCAUUAGCGUAUCCAAUGAUGCUUCUAUCAAAUUAUGGUCUUACGAUGGAUCAAAUAUGGAUACCUUAUAUGGCCACACUAAUUAUAUUUAUAGUGUUGCCAAAUGUAAAAAUGGUAUAAAUUGUUUCGUCACCUCUGAUGAAGAUAGGACCGUUAAAAUUUGGAAAGAUGGUGCUAAUACUCAAACGUUCCAGCUCCCUGCUCAGUCAGUAUGGGCGGUAGCAACACUUGAAAAUGGGGAUAUAGUAACAGGGUCAAGUGAUGGUGUUGUCCGAAUAUUCACCCAAGAUGAGGGUAGAAUUGCAGAUGCCUUCACUCUCUCUAAAUAUGAAGAAGAAGUUGCUGCAUUAACUGUACAAAAUAGCCAAGUUUUAGGGGGAUAUAAAGUUUCAGAUUUACCUGGAAAAGAAGGUCUGUUAGAAGAUGGAAAAAAGCCAGGACAAAUGAAAAUGAUAAGGGAACCUACUGGUGUUGUGGCUUACACUUGGGCGGUUGAAGGAAAUAGAAGUUAUUGGAAAAAAGUAGGAGAUGUUGUUGGUGCUAAUAAUGAAGACAACAAAGGCAAAACACAAUUUGAAGGAAAAUUUUAUGAUUACGUAUUUUCUGUUGAUGUUGAAGAUGGGAAACCUCCAUUAAAACUCCCUUAUAACAUAGGAGAUGACCCGAAUAAGGUUGCUCAAGAUUUUCUGGUGAAAAACUCUUUGCCUUUCGUGUACUUGGAACAGGUUAUUCAAUUCAUACUAAAAAAUAGUAACCAACAACAAUUGGCCACUACAAGUAAUGAAUAUGUGGAUCCUUUUACUGGUGGUUCUAGAUAUACACCAUCAGGAAAUAAUCAAGCUCAAUUUCAAGGCACUAAUGUUGAUCCUUUUACAGGCGGUAGCAGCUAUAGUACAAAUUCGGCAACAGCAAUGAAUAUGCAAGUUUCAACAGGCUCCAACGCGGAUCCCUUCACAGGUGGCAUGAGCUACACUACUGCAAGCAACAAAGUCAGCUCAUAUUUUCCCCAGAAAAAAUAUUUACCCUUUGAAAUUGGAGACCCCAAUGUUAUUUUGAAUAAGUUGAAGGAAUUCAAUCGAAAAGUAGGCGAUGGGACAAACUCGGUAGAUGAAAAUCAGCUGGAGCUGUUUGUCAGCUUAUGUAAAGGAGUAGCUACAGAUCCAGAUGUUUUUGAUAUUAUGUUCAAAUUGCUAGAAUGGCCAGAAGACAUGAUUUUCCCAGUUUUGGAUGUAGUGAGAAUGGCAGUGAAAUAUGAAAAAAACAAUGAAACAUUAGUGGCCUUGUACGGUGAUCAACUUAUAUGGAAACUCAAACAUUUUAUUAGCGAACAAUGUUCUGUGAUCAACAACAAAAUUGUGGCACUGAGAACUCUGAGUAAUCUGUGCCUUCACAGUCCUGGGGAAACAUUACUAUUCAACAAUCGCUUUGAUGUUGUUGAGAGUAUUACCUCAAUGAGGGCUCUUAAUAAAAAUGCACAGGUUGCUGUGGCCACUCUUCUCUUGAACCUGACAGUUCUAUGCCAAAAAAAAACUGAUGAUUUGGGACUAUCGGUUUUAGCUGAUGUUAUUCAAGAUAUUCUUGCCAAUCUUUCUGAUCCUGAAUCUCAAUUUAGAACUUAUGUUGCUCUAGGCACAUUGCUGACGCCUAAUUCAGUUGAUUGUAAGGAAGUUAGACUUAAACUUAAGACCAACAGUAAUUUUAUGAAAUUAUUAAAUGAACACAAUUCAUCUUAUACUGGUGAUAUUGAAAAGAAAAGAAUGGACUGUGCUAAGGAUGUAACGAAAUUAUUGUAAUUUCAUUUAUUUUAAUAAACUAAAAACUUGUG